AUGUACGAGCCGCUGUAUUUUGCCUUUGACACCUACCCAACUGUCAUUCCCCGAGUGAGGGUGCGAGGCGUCAUGGCGCUUUUUCUGGCGGCCUCGAUCUUGUGGGCCCUGAUCUGGCUCCUGUACCGGGCAUGGCAGGUCUGCCAAACUCCUAACGAUGUCCUGGUGGAGAAACUGGGCCUGGAUAUUCCUCCGCCCCCAGAGGUCACCCUCGAGGAGAUCAACGCCCGUGAGAUCCGCCUUGCUUGGAAGCAGCCUGACUUCCACAACUCAAUACAUAAGCAUAUCAUUCAAGUGAACAAUGUUAAAGGUUUGUAUUGGAUCAGCGCGAAUCUCCCGGCUGGCGCUGACAACUGUCCAGUGGGCGAGUCUAAACGAGCGGAGACAGCAGUAGAGAUUUUAAAUCUCAUACCAGGCAGCAUUUACCAUAUCUGUGUUUUCUCAGUGAGCGCAGCGAACUUUCAAACGCCCAGCGCCGUCCUUCACGUGCGAACCAAAUCUCUCCCGCUCUCCCAAGCGCAACAAACUGCCCCAGUCGACGGUCCCACGAUCCGGGCAUCGAUUCCCCGUUCGACAGCGGGCCUGCCCACUCCUUCGGCUCCAGUGAUGUCUCGUGAACACAGUGCCGGCCCAAUACCGGGCAAACGGCCAUCGACAGGGCGGAAGCUAUCGCCUGCUGCCGGAACAAUUGAGACUGGCCAUGCAGACGACACGCAGAGAAGCGCGGUCAGGAACGACAAGAGUGGAUCUCUCGAGCAACUCGCCGAUCGUCUGAAGUCACUGCAGCAGGAGAACGAUAACUUGGAGAAGCAGGCUGCGGAAGAGGAGGACGAACACAUCGCAUUGCUCAAGGAACUCGAGAAGCAGCGCAACGAAUUGAAGAAGAGUGUUAAGGAGAAGGACGAGGCCAGCGGUGACCUCAAGAAACACGUCUACAAGCUGGAGAGUGUCAACCGCACUGUGCAGAGCGAAAAGACGAAGCGCGUGAGGCUGCUUCAACAGAAGGAGGCCCAGCGCAAGAAGCGCAAGAACGAUAUUGUGCGAUGGCAGGAGAAGAUCACUCGCAUGACCGUCGACCUGGAGCAGGCCAAGCAGGACAAGAUGAGUCUGGAAGAGGACGGGAAAACCCGUGCGGAUGAAGUUCGGAAGAAGAUUGCCGAUGAGCAAGCGGAGAUGAAAACUAUCGAUGACGAGAUCCAGGACAAAGGAGGACGCAUCAAGAAGCUCGAGGAAGAAAGGACACGAUUCCAGGAGGGUGAUACUGAAGAUGGCAAAGAGUUGGACCGAAUAGACAACGAGCGAGCCCGCCAGUGGGAGGCUAAAUUGGCCAGUCUACAGGCCCGAUAUGCUACUCUCGUCAACAUUCAUACGCAAGCUCAGCAGCAGUAUCAGGAAGCCCAGGAGCGAGUCAAGUGGCUUUCCACCCAACGACCUAGCAGCGCGGGCCCAUUUCCAUUGGAUCUCGAUUUGUCCAAUACUGCCACCAUUCGCCCCCGCCGCCAUCGCAGCUCACUCAACAGCAAUGUCUCGUCCCCUGUGAACUUCGCCAGUGUCGAACCAUCAUUCUCCAUCAAUUACAAUCCACCUUCCACUAGCUCGCCAACUUUUGCGCCGAACUCUGCCUUCUUCAAUAUCCAUAAUGGGAUGGCUCUGCCGAAUCUAGACCCGCCGGAGAUCAUGCGCUCAGACAUGGAGACAACUUUCAAUAACCCUCAGAUGAGCCCUCGUGCUGAUGCUCUUCUGCCGUCUGAUCUCCUCGGGGACGAAGAGUCGCCCGAAUUCCCGCGCCCUGUUAUCCGACCACGGUUUGACUCUAACCCCCCUCCGCUGGACGGUUUUGGACACGGGCCGGUAUCGCCGGUCUCUUCAGAGAGUCGACCUGGAAGUAUCUUCGCCAGCCCACUCGGCACCUCAGCCCGACAGGAUUCUGAGCCCGGUCAACUGUCAGAGCCACCAAAGAGCGCUUCUCGGCGGCUUUCCGGCCUGUUCGGCUUUCAUCGACCUCGAGGAAAGACUCUGGCAGAUGAAUCGCCUAUGCUUGGCACUUUGAAACCAGGACAGAGUCAGUCCUUCCCGCGAAAUAUCGAUGAGAUGGACCCAAUUGGCUCACGACGUCGGCGGUUGAGCUACACUGGCAAUUGGGCUAGUCCGAUGUCUUUGUUCCCGCGAAGCAACACUGCCGAAGCCACCGCGGACAGUUCGUCUGACCACCCGCCCUCCCGACGAGCGGCUUUUUCGAGCAUCUUCUCCACGAGCAAGUUUGGGUUUGGAAAUGCCGGACGUGCGAAUACCGAUGGCUACGAUCAAUUCAGCCCGCGACAUGACCCCAUUGAUCCUUCAUCACUUCUCGGCGGCGUCCGACGUGGUUCCCUGUCUCCACGGCCAUCGUCUACGUUCUCCUUUGACAACCAGAACCAGCUCCCUCACCCCUCUACGGACAACCGACAUUUCGGUUGGCCGUCGACAGAGAAAGCUGGGCAUCGAACCAGUCCUCUUGGUCUUGAUUGGGCGUCUCCGUCAACUUGGUCUCGAGCCCCUUCCCGUCGGCCUUCCAUCUCAUACGGAUCGUCUGGCCACCUCCCGUUAGGCCUGACUGGCGAUUCCGAUUUUGUCGAGGAUUCGUUUGAUCGGCCGCUUCGGCCGCUCCAGGCUCCGAUUGGCACUCGCCCUUCCUCAUCCCACCGGCCACUCACGCCGAAUCCGAAACUGAACCCGGCUGCGCCGACAUUCAGGACGGUCUUCACUGGCAAGAAAUCGGACAAGGACAAGGAUAAAGAAACCGAUGCCUCCCUUGAUCUGGAAGAUGGCUCCCCUUCGGAGUCUCGCAUCUCCCGCGAUUCUCGGUCCCUGUCUCAUUUCACCGGCGACUCAUACGAGUCUUUGGAGCGCCUGCCUUCCGGUACGUCCGUGGACAAUGCCUCGAAGGAGUCGUUCAUCCGUAAGAUUACUCGCAAAGGCAGCUCUGGAAAAUUCAGCUCGUGGAAAGAUCGCUCUGGUUUCUUUUCCAAGAAGGGGGAGUCUUCGCAGCAGGGUGACAUUGACGAGGAUGGCGCCAGCGAAGCCCAGCUCGGGAAGAGCGUGGACAGCACUGUCUCCAGUGUGCCGUCUGCAGACAAGUCGACUCGAAGCAGCCUGGGCUUCUUCUCCCGCAAGUCUCGCAAAUCCGACAAGGCCAGUGAGACGAGCGAGCUCGCCAGUGAAACGGGUGAUGAGGAGAUCCCGGAGGAGGUGACGACCUGA